ACCCACGGACCAUGGCAUUUCGAUCGGAUCACGAUACGGACGGGACGCGCGAAUCGUCCGCUGCUCCGACCUACUGCCUUGAAGUCGACGAUGACGCGCGGUUACGUCGCGGUGAUGAAAUAGCGAACGUCGUCGGUGAGGAGACACGUACGGUGGUAGAGUGAAACCCGGGUGGAUGCGGCGAUGCCGAUGUCGGAGCGACGCGAUGACUAGAUCCACCGAGAUGGAGUAGACUUUGCCUAUGCGUGAAACAUAUAAAUACCUCCGUUGACGAAGCCAGCGUCUGCGAGAACAUCCAGGUCGGUGUGCUCGGUUUCCUCCUCGUCGCCGAAAGAGCAGGAAAUAAAAAUGGAGGAGAAACGCGGCAGUAGAGAUAUGGUAGAAGAGGAAGAGCUGGAAGACCCCGAAAACAUAAUAAUUAACGAAGUGGAUGGCUUACCAAACUUGCAUCCAAACUAUGAACAGUUAGAACUCAAAUUUAAGAGAGAAAAAGAUGACACGGGUAUUAGAUCGAUCGACGAGUUGGUUCACGACGAAGAUCUGCCAACUUCUGUAAUUGUUACAAAUGUAGAUCCUCGAGUUUUUAAGGAUGACGAUUUGAAGUCGGCCAUAGAAAAUCUCUUUAAAGAGUUUGGAGAAGACGCGACAUUUCAAUACUUCAGAUCCUUCAGAAGAAUGAGGGUAAACUAUAAUUCCCCCAGUGCUGCAGCGAACGCGAGGAUACAGCUGCAUCAAUCGCAUUUCGGGGAAACUGAUAUCAAUUGUUACUUUGCGCAACCAGUAACGCCUAUAGACAUGGAGGAUCAACAUCUUCAACCGCCCGCGCUUACCAAACAGUUCCUCAUAUCUCCUCCCGCUUCUCCGCCGGUCGGUUGGGAGCCACGUGAGGAAGGAGAGCCGCUCGUUAAUUACGAUUUAUUAACCGCUAUAGCUAAUUUAUCCGCAGGCGAUACACACGAGAUACAUCCAGGAGGGUCGGGACAGCCAGGCAUAGUUGUGCACGUUUGCGAAAACGCGAAUCCGACGAAAAGUUCGCCUCGCAUUCAACACACGCGAUGUCCGGAACAUUAAUUCCCUUCCCUUUAAUCGCGUUUCAGAUUUGUCACACGAUACCUUUUUGUGCCCUGUUCAAAAAGUCAGAUACGAACUGGCGAAAGGGCACGCAUACACACAUCUAGCGAGCGAUUUUAGUGUUACGUUGGAGUUGCAAUUCAAAACUGACGCGGCUGGUAUCGAAUUGACGAAAGUAUUACGUUGUGAAAAAAAUUACACAACUCGAUGCGGUACAGGUAACGACACGGCGUCUGGUAUCUACCAAGCUUCCCGCGGGUAGCAGCGAUCUAUAAAUACUAACGAUCUAUAAAUAUCCGUUGUUACAUACCGAUCAAAAGUAGAAUUCAUUUUUAUGUUUUAAUCGUUGAGAAUUCGUGAAGGGUAUGCUUGCGCUCCAUUUCUUCUCUAAAAUCUACAUGGUAGAUUACAUAGGAGACUUCAAGUUGGGCCUAUAUUAUUUCUAUGUUUCACCCAGUGUCAAUAAUUGCAUAUCGUGAGAAAUUACGUCCGAUCUGAUUAAACUAACGAUUAAUGCGUCGACGAAGAAAAAUCGUUGGAACUAUAUUCAGAGAUUUUGCGAUUCUACCUCUCAUUGUCAGUGUGUUAUUUGUAUUCUUAAACAGCACGCGUAAUGCAUAACAAUCUUGUUGUAAUUCCACAAAUGAUACUAAUGUUAGAAUAAUCAAUCGAAUCAAAAACUUCGAGUUUAUUUAUUUAUUCUCACAUAUUUCUCUUUCCGUUUCAAGAAACACUUUCUCAAGACUAUACCUGUGGAAUUUUUCGUUUUGCGUGCAUGCGAGAAGAAAAUCUACGGAAAUAUAUGGCAUUAAUAUGUAUGUGAUAUGUGUGCGUAUACGAAUGUAUUAUUCUAAAAAUAUCAUGUGAUUCUUCGUUCUGUGUCUUUUCCGUAGAAAGCUAGUUCACAUUAGCUUGAACGUUACAUGCUAUCCUAAAGCUAUAUCUCUAUGGUCUCUUGUUAAUGAAGUUUAUGAAAACUUAUUGUUAUCGCACUCUGCUCUUUAAGAGGAUUAAGUUAGUAAAAAAAAAAAAUAAGCUAGAGAGACGUAUGUGAUCAUAUCAGCGUUACCGAUGAUUUAUGCCGAGACAGUGUGGUGAUUGUGUAUAUGUAUAUAUUCUGUACGUAAAAAAAACGUAUAUAAUUCCUGCAGGAUCUGUGACCUAAAAAUAAUUGUUGAAUAUUUAUAAAUACUUUAUAGCAGCACUUACUUUUGUAUAGUGUGGUUACCGUUUACAUUCUCCCGGCGAUGGAAUGGCGUAAAGCCGUUUCAUCAUUUAAUUUAAAACUUUCUUUACCGAACAAUUCCGAAGAUCCUAAUCAAAUAAUACGAAUAAUUAUUGCACCAGAGAAAAUAAUGUACAAAUAAUUUGUAUCAAAGAAAAGAAAAUAUAUAAAAUUAUUUUACGUUAAAAUUCUGAUAUAUAUUAUAUACAUAUAUAUAUAGCCUGCGCUACUGUUGCCGCGUGAAACUCAUUGCGUUUAUCCGCAUAAUAAUAGGUAAAAUGGAAAUCGAUUUGAUAAAGACGUAUUGUACACAGUUAUGAAAUA